CAAGUCAGUAUACUUUUUCCACUACAGCGAGCAACACAGCUAACAAUCGCAUUUCUCAACAUGGAUUUCUAUUAUUUGCCCGGUGGAAGUGGUUGCCGUACUGUCAUCAUGACGGCCAAGGCUCUGGGAGUGGAGUUGAACAAGAAGCUCUUGAACACCAUGGCGGGAGAGCAACUGACUCCCGAAUUCAUUAAGAUCAACCCCCAGCACACCAUUCCCACUCUGGUGGACAACGGAUUCGCCAUUUGGGAGUCGCGUGUCAUCGCCACCUACCUGGUGGAGAAGUACGGAAAGGAUGACUCCCUCUACCCCAAGGACCCCCAAAAACGUGCUGUAGUGAACCAGCGUCUCUAUUUCGAUUUGAGCAGCCUGUAUGAUGCCUUUGCCCAGUACUACUAUCCAAUUUUCCGCACUGGAAAGCCCGGCGACGCUGAGGCAUGGAAGAAGGUAGAAACCUCCUUUGAAUUCCUCAACACCUUCCUGGAGGGACAGACUUACGUGGCUGGCAGCCAGCUAACCGUGGCUGACAUUGCCAUCCUGUCGACUGUCUCCACAUUCGAUAUAGCUGAAUUCGAUUUGAAGAAGUACCCGAAUGUGGCCAAGUGGUACGCAAAUGCCCAGAAGGUGACUCCCGGCUGGGAGGAGAACUGGGAGGGUCUCCAGCAGCUGAAGAAGAUAAUCGAGGACAUGACGGCCAAGGCAAAGGAAACCUCAAAUUAAUUCUAUGAUAAUUAUAUUAUAUAUUUUAUUA